GACUGUCUUCUUUCUCCAGCACAGCACGGCACAUCACGAGGCUUCUUCUUCUCCUCCGUCUCUGUCGAUCCCCACUCUCGAGCGCUCCAAUCCACUCGCAAAUCCACUCCAAUCCGACACAUCCACCAUCUAAUCAGCCACCAAAUCGAAGCUAACUAUGCAUCUCAUCGGCUAGCAGCAACACGCCGGAGGCGGAGGGGAUCGAGGAGGAGGCAGGACCGCCGGAUCCAUCGAGCUACCGCGCGGCGGAUCCAGAUCCACCACCACCCGCGGGAGGGGUGAUGAGGAGCCGCGUCCUGCGAGCAGGGCGCCGCCGCCUGGGCCUGGGCCGCAUCUCAGCGGUCGGUCCUACUUCUAUCUAGGGUUUCAACCAACAAAUCGGCCUCCUAAUCCCGGCCAUGGAGUCGCCGCCGCACAAGCUCAAUGUCGGCCGGGACGAGGAUCGAAUCAGCGCGCUCACCGACGACCUCCUCGUCGGAAUCCUCGAGCGCCUCGACCUGCGCGAGGCGGUCCGCGCCAGUGCACUCUCGUCGCGGUGGCGUCACCUCCCCUACCGGCUAUCGCGCCUGCACCUCGAGGUCGGUCACUUCCAAGGCGCCACGCCGCUCGAGGUCAUGGACGCUUUCACGGGCGCGGCACAGAGGUUGCUCUCUCUGGUGGUUCCUCUGGCCGAGGGCGAGGGCGGCAGUGCUGCCAUCAUUCCCAUCAAAGCCCUCAUCCUCAGCUUUUACAUGUCACCCCCUCACCUGAGCGCCAUAGGCCGCACCGUCGAGGACGCUGUGAGCUACGGCAAGACCGAAUGCCUUGAGUUCUCCAUAUCCCCGCCGCGAGGGAGCAACGCCAGCCUGCUUGCUGAAUUCGGGCAGCAGUUCAUGUCCUUCUCCCAGGCCUACCCGGUCGCCUUCUGGUGGCUCACGAGGCUUACACUCAAGAACCUUGUGUUUGGACAUUCCGACGUCACCGAACUUAUUAACGCUUGCAAUAAGCUCAAGCACCUCACCCUGAGUUCCUGCAGACUGGUUGAUCAGCGGUCGGCGCUCAGGAUUGAUACCCCAUGCUCGGGGCUUCGGAGGCUCGACUGCAUCCGUUUUCGUUGUGAACGGAUCGAACUCAUCUCCGUCCCCGAGCUCAGGACAGUACUGUGCUGUUCUCGGCACUACGAGAACCCUCCAGUGCGCUUCGGCGACGUUCCCCAGCUUUGCCAUGUGAACCUUGGUUAUCUUGCCAAGGUGUCGCAAGCGCCAUUCAUGUUGAGUGAGUGCCUUUCAAGGAGUUCCAGGAAUCUGUCAAAACUGAAUCUCAAUUUCUUCAGCCAAACGAUUUGGAUUCAGCCGGAGCAGCCGAAGCGGCUCACUGCUAUAUUCAGAAACCUGACCGACAUGUAUCUUUUUGGUAUCUUCCCUGAGUGUGAUCUGAGCUGGACCCUGUUUAUCCUAGAAGCUGCACCUGCCCUACGGAAUUUCAAGUUAUCUCGAACUCGACAUGCAUGUGGCAAAAAGCUUUACGAUACUGCCGAAAAGACGAAUGUGGUGUGGGAGCCAUCGAAGGAUCUGAAGCAUCUUAACUUGAAGUUGCUGAUGAUGUUAGGGUUCGAGGAGGAGGUCAAGGUGACAAACUAUAUAAGGCUAGUCAUGGCACAUGUUGUGAGGUUGAAGAGAAUCGAGCUUCAUGGUGAGGACCCAUGCAAGGAGUGCAAUGCCAUUGACCCGAGGAGAUCCCAGGUGGAUGAAGCUAGCAGGCGUCAGAUUAAGGAGCGACUCACACUUGAAUCUUCCUCGUCUGCGAAGAUAAUAAUUUGUUGAUGGAGUCUUGACUGAGCCAUGCACAGCUGCAGAUGCGGAUGAUUAUAAAGAUCAUGAAGACAGACUGCAGUGUGGGUCUGUGAGACAAGCAUGCCGACUGGUACUUGUUUUAUGUAUUUUCUUGUUAUUAGAUGUGGAUGCAAUGUAUCCAUGAAUUUAGUGUGGACUUUACGUUACAGUGUGGGUAAUAUAUUUGAACACUGCUUUUCUAGUUGUCUACUGCAUGCUGGUCUGGGCACUUCUUGGAGGGUUGUGUUCAAAUUCUCGAGUCAUUCUCUUCCAGAAUUGUACUUCGGGAAACCUGAAAUAGUAGAAAGUGGCCGCAAGUAAUACUGGAAAAUCACCUGAUAGAGAUAGUGUUAGAAAUAUGGAGACCAAAAUGAAGCAAGGUAUGCAGCAGCAGAAAAAUUAUGAAAAUGCCUUUGUUGUACAGAUAUCCACCUCUUAUAACAGAGGCACACUUUCCUGAUACAUCUGUAUGGCUAAGAGUAGAAGUAAGGUUCCAUCUUAGCGCCAAAGUUUGGUUGAGUUCAGUUUUAUUUCUAAAUUUGCAUACUAUGCAAGUCUGGUCAUUAACUUUUGAUACUAGACAUAUUUUUCUUUUACUCUAGUCGACAAUCAGAGAUAUGCCAUAUUAGUCAGCCACAUGUUAUAUAGCAUGGUAGGUUACCCUGAUAUGUUAGAUCUUAAAUCUGGUCCAACUCUGCAAUAUGUUUUCCUAGUCUUGUACAAUCCGGCUGUCAGUCAAAAUUCUUGUGCAAACUAAAACAAAUGUACAAUCUGGUCCAACUCGGCAAUAUAUUUUUCCUAGUCUUCCUAUUCUAUCAUCUGGAACAAAUCCUGCAUAAACUGGUUGAUUCCUCUUUCAGAAAUUGGACCAGGAUCUGUCCAGAUUUAUUUAAGAACCAUUUUUUUUGCUUUUAUCUUAGCUAGCAGUGUCUGAUUAAGCUGUUAGUUUACUGCGCAGUCUUGACUCAGCCGUGCACAGUUGCCGAUACGGAUGAUUAUCAAGACAGCCUGCAGUGUGAGUCUGUGAGACAAACAUGCCAACUGGUACUUGUUUUAUGUAUUUUCCUGUUAUUAUGUGCGUGCAAUGUCUCCAUGAAUUGACUUAUUCUUCGUGUAACUGACACCAACUGUUAGUUGAAAUAGCUUUAUCGGUGGAGCUCUGAGUUUUCACCAUUCAUGUCA